AUGUUACCACAAACUGAAUUCAUCGAGUCUGUCGACAAAAAAGAUUAUAAACCUCAAAAUAUCACUGUAAAACCCGUAAAGAAACCCGUAAAGAAACCCAGCUUCAGCUUGACAAUUAAAAUAAAUACUACUACUACCUUGAAUAAUGUUAAGACCGCUUUCCGUGACAAUAAACAAUUUUUCGUCUCCACCACAAUCAAUGAAUCAAAUGCUGACGACCAUAUCUUUUUGAUAAAAGAUUUCCAAUUUUCACGUUCUAUCUCUGAUCAUAAUAAUAAUAAUACUAGUUUAAACUUGGACUUUACAAGUUUCACUUCGUCAGAUGACAACCUAACGGAGCUUUCGGAUUCCGAUCCGACUUCAUAUCAAGACGAAAUACCAAACACUCCGUGUGGUAUUUCAAGUAGUACUUCAAGUACUUUCAGUAUUCUAAACACUCCAGUAACUCCAAAUACUCCAUUAUCUUUUAACUUUGAUGGUGAUGACAAAGACGACGACUCUGAAAAUGAUGAAUUAGAUGAUCUUAUUGCUACAUCUCCUAAGUUUUCUUCCCAUAUAAAACCUAUUAAAGUAUUUCAUAAAUUUACAAACUAUAAAAUCCAAAAAAAGAAAAGACCUAUCUCAUCAAAGUUUUCCAGUUUUCCUGAUUUUAACACUCCAAAGUUUUCCAGUUUCCCUGAUUUUAACACACCAAAGUUUUCCAGUUUCCCUGAUUUUAACACACCAAAGUUUUUCAGUUUUCCUGAUUUUAACACAUCAAACUAUUCUCGCAACCAAACCAUUAACAACAAUACUUAUACUUCUAUCAUGGAAUGGUUUAAUUCUUAUGUAAAAAAUGGAAAAAUCGAUGGAUAUGGUUGUAAUAUUGUAAAGAAAAUAUUCACUUAUCUUUCAGGAUAUUUAAUGCAAAAGAAAAACGAUGAUGUAAAAGUUCUUUCAUCGAAAGACAAUGAUAAUAACUAUACACAUAAUAUCGAUAUGCAAACAACUAACAUUACUAAAGAUACGCAAUUCGAUGCCGAUAUCAAUACCGCAAUUGACAAAAUUAAUAAUUCACAACAACCUAUGGGAAUUAAUUUCAAUGAAGAAACAACAAUACCUUUAUCGCUAACGCCGUCCCAAGAAUCGUCUCAAGAAUCAUCCCAAGUAACAUUCAAAGAAUUGUCCCAAGAAUCAUUCCAAGAAUUGUCCCAAGAAUCAUCUCAAGAAUUGUCCCAAGAAUUGUCCCAAGAAUCAUCUCAAGAAUUGUUCCAAGAAUCAUUCCAAGAAUCAUACCAAGAAUCAUCUCAAGAAUCAUACCAAGAACCAUCUCGAGAAUUGCCUCAAGAAUCAUACCAAGAACAAUCUCGAGAAUUGCCCCAAGAAUCAUACCAAGAGCCAUCCCAAGAAUU